GCAAAACACCUCGUCUGUCUGCAUAGUUUAUGUAAUAAUCUAUCGCCCGAAACAUUUUAUUCGUUGCCUUCCUUUUCUCUUCUCAGCUAAUCUCUCUCGACUUGCUCCGGGGCAAUGACGAAUUACGGAACCAUCCCGACUUCGUCAUCGCCGGGAGGCACGAAUAUCGAAUUCAUCUCCCGCGCAAAAACUCAGAUCAAAGCAGGACUCGCAACUCGUCGCCCAUGGAAGGAGAUGGCACGCUCAUUCGACCUGCCCUCGGGACUCAUCAACACAACUCAACGAAUCAAAAUCAACAUUAACUACUUCUUAAUGAACUAUGCGAUCAUAAUGCUGAUAAUUCUGCUUUUGAGCCUCUUGUACCACCCGAUAUCCCUCAUGGUGUUCUUCGCAUUGAUGGCCGUUUGGUUGUUCCUCUACUUCCUCCGCGAUGAGCCACUAGUGAUCUUCCACCGCUUGAUUGAUGAUCGUACUGUUCUCAUCGGAUUGUCUAUUAUCACUUUUGUUUUACUCUUGUUUACUGGCGCGGUUGGGAAUAUAUUUUUAGCGGUGUUGUUUGGGGCGGUGGUGGUGGCAGUUCAUGCGGCGUUGAGGAGGACUGAUGACUUGUCUCUGGAUGAAGAAGCCGCGGAGACAGCUGGUUUGAUGACAACUUCAACCUCUUCGUAAUUGUUUGUUUAUUCCGUCACGGAUGUUUUUAGGCUGUUAAUUAAUUUGCAGUUCAAUGUGUGUGCUGUCAUGUUCUGUUUUUAUUAUUCUUCUCCUAUCAAUGUUCAUUGUUCUCCUCGUUUCACUUUUGUAUUUACAGACCAGACAGACAUUAUGAUUUAUGAUCAAGUAUGUUUAUGUUCAA